AGAAGCGUCUACGAUCCUUCGUGGGCCCGUGGGCGGCCGGAGCUAAAACCACCUUCAAUGUUGCUUCAAUUUACUGUAUCUGCCAACACCCCCAUCAGAAGAAAAAGUUUGUUACAAGUAAAAGACAGGGAAAAAGUUGAAGACAAAAGCAAAGCAAAGUUGCUGUACAUGUACUUGGUUUCGCUUAUCUUCUCGGAUCGGUUUCUUUUCUUCCAGAUCGCCCGCCCGUCGCAAUUUUCUUUUUUCCGAUUCGCUUCUGUUCGGCUACCAGCGAGGAGGGAUCCGUAGAUCUGAGGACCGCUGAAUUGGUUGUUGCGACUUGCGAGUCCCUUUUUUCUUUUGGGGGCUUUGGAGCUGGGCAUAGAGAAUUUGUGAAUUCAAGAUUGAUGUCCAUGGAGGCUAUAAGUCCGUAAAGGUUUGGGGUUUUGUGGCUUUUUUUGUGGUUUUCGAGAGAUGGAAGAGGUUGGUGCGCAAGUGGCUCCUCCAAUUUUCAUCCACCAGACGCUUUCAAGUCGAUUCCAUGAAGCUGUUCCCAUGGCAAAGAAACGGGAUCUGCCGUAUCCAAGCUCUAAUUUUCAACAUCAGCAUCCGCAGCGGUUUCAAAACCCUAGAGACAAUUGGAACCCCAAGGUCUGGGAUUGGGACAGUGUGAGGUUCGUUGCUAAUCCGUUGGAAUCGGAGCUGCUGCGCCUGGGUACUGCAACUCCGGUGCAAACGGAGCUGAAAAAGAAGCAGGAAGGUACUGGAAUCACCACUGCGUUGAAGAAAAACCCUGUGGAUGAAGACGAUGAGAGCCUUAGGCUGAAGCUGGGUGGGGGCUUGAGCUCAAUUGAGGAGCCAGUGUCCAGGCCGAGCAAAAGGGUUCGCUCUGGAUCUCCCGGCAGUAGCAGCUAUCCGAUGUGUCAGGUUGAUAACUGUAGAGAAGAUCUCUCAAAUGCGAAAGACUAUCACCGGCGGCAUAAGGUGUGUGAGAUGCAUAGCAAAUCCACCAAAGCCUUAGUGGGGAAGCAGAUGCAAAGGUUCUGCCAGCAGUGCAGCAGGUUUCACCCACUUUCAGAGUUUGAUGAGGGAAAGAGAAGCUGCAGGAGGAGACUUGCUGGGCACAACCGGCGCAGAAGGAAAACCCAGCCAGAGGAUGUUAGCUCACGCCUGCUACUCCCUGGAAACCGUGACAACACUGCCAAUAGAAAUUUGGAUAUCGUUAACUUAUUGACAGCUUUAGCUCGUACACAAGGGAACAAUGAGGUCAAAAGUGCGAAUAACUCAUCUGUACCAGAUAGAGACCAACUCAUUCAAAUUCUUAGCAAGUUAAACUCGCUACCUUUGCCAGCAGAUUUUGCGGCAAAGCUGCCAAUUUCUGGAAGUUUAAAUAGGAAUACACCAGGACAGUCAUCUUCAGAACAUCAAAACAGAUUGAAUGGAAAGACAUCUUCUCCAUCAACCAUGGACUUGCUUGCUGUUCUUUCAGCCACUCUAGCAGCUUCUGCUCCUGAUGCCCUUGCAUUUCUAUCUCAAAGGAGCAGUCAAAGCAGUGACAGUGAGAAAACUAAGUUAACCUGCCUAGACCAGGCUAUUGGUCCUGAUUUGCAAAAGAGACAGACCCUAGAGUUUCCUUCAGUUGGAGGAGAGAGAAGUAGCACUAGCUACCAGUCUCCUAUGGAAGAUUCAGAUUGCCAGGUUCAGGAGACCCAGCCAAAUUUACCACUACAGCUCUUUAGUUCUUCACUCGAGGAUGACAGCCCACCGAAAUUGGGAUCUGCUAGGAAGUACUUUUCAUCUGACAGCAGUAAUCCCAUGGAAGAGAGGUCUCCUUCAUCUUCUCCGCCUGUGGUGCAAAAGCUGUUUCCAAUGCAGGCAUCAAUGGAAACUGUGAAACCUGAGAGGAUGUCAAUCAGUGGAGAGGUCAAUGGAAAUAUUGGAGCUGGCAGGGCUCAUGGUGCCACAUCUCUUGAGCUCUUUAGGAGGUCAGAUAGAGGAGCUGACAAUGGUGCUGUCCAAAGUUUUCCUUACCAAGCAGGGUACACUUCUUCAUCUGGGUCUGAUCAUUCACCUUCUAGUUUGAAUUCUGAUGCUCAGGAUCGCACUGGGCGGAUAAUUUUCAAACUAUUUGACAAGGAUCCCAGUCAUUUCCCAGGGACAUUGCGAACAGAGAUCUACAAUUGGCUUGCUCACAGUCCAUCAGAAAUGGAGAGCUACAUAAGGCCAGGAUGUGUGGUUCUAUCAGUUUAUGCAUCAAUGUCAUCAGCUGCCUGGGAGCAACUUGAAGAAAACCUUCUUCACCGGGUCAAUUCCUUGGUUCAAGAUUCAGAUUCUGACUUUUGGAGAAAUGGAAGAUUCUUAGUUCAUACAGGCAGGGAAUUAGCAUCACAUAAAGAUGGAAAGAUUCGUUUAUGCAAAUCCUGGAGAACAUGGAAUUCCCCAGAGUUGAUCUCAGUGUCCCCAUUGGCGGUUGUGGGUGGACAGGAGACCUCUUUUUUAUUGAAGGGAAGAAAUCUUGCUAAUCCUGGAACCAAGAUUCAUUGCACAUAUAUGGGUGGAUACACAUCAAAGGAAGUUCCAGGAUUAGCCUGCCAGGGAACUGUAUACGAUGAGAUAAGCUUUGGCAGCUUUAAAAUUAAUGAUGCAAUUCCUAGUGUUUUAGGGCGGUGUUUCAUUGAGGUGGAAAAUGGAUUCAGAGGCAACAGCUUUCCUGUAAUAGUAGCUGAUGCCACUAUUUGUAAGGAGUUGAGACUCCUUGAAUCAGAAUUUGAUGAAGAGGCAAAAGUGUGUGAUGUCAUUUCAGAAGACCAGGUUUAUGAUUCUGGGCGGCCCAGUUCUAGGGAAGAAGUUCUGCACUUCUUAAAUGAACUUGGAUGGCUAUUCCAAAGGAAGUCUUCUAUGCUUGCAGGUUCGGAUUAUUCCCUUGCUCGGUUCAAAUUUCUGUUCACAUUUUCGGUUGAGAGGGACUGCUGUGCCUUGGUCAAAACACUUCUAGACAUACUGGUGGAAAGAAACUUGGGCAGUGAUGGGCUAUCGAGCAAGUCUUUGGAGACACUGUCAGAGGUUCAGCUCUUGAGCAGGGCAGUCAAAAGGAGGUACAGGAAAAUGGUUGACUUGCUUAUCCAUUAUUCUGUGACUAGCAGUUCAUCCAAGAAAUACAUUUUCCCACCUAAUCUCCUGGGAGCUGGUGGUAUUACCCCUCUACAUUUGGCUGCUUGUACUGCGGGGUCGGAUGAUAUCAUUGAUGCUCUGACAAGUGACCCACAAGAGAUUGGAUUGCACUCCUGGAAUUCCCUUUUGGAUGCUAGUGGGCAAUCUCCAUAUGCAUACGCUAUGAUGAGGAACAACCACUCUUAUAACAGGUUGGUAGUGCGUAAACUUGCUGACAGAAGGAAUGGUCAAGUCUCUUUAUCAAUUGAAAAUGCGAUGGAGCAACCAUGGCCGAAAGUAGGGCAGGAGCAACAUUUUGGACAAGGACGCAGUUCUUGUGCCAAGUGUGCAGUUGUGGCAGCAAAAUACAGCAGGAGGAUGCCAGGUUCACAAGGCUUGCUUCACCGUCCCUACAUUCAUUCAAUGCUCGCCAUUGCUGCUGUCUGUGUUUGUGUCUGCCUGUUCUUGCGUGGCUCCCCAGACAUUGGCUUGGUUGCUCCUUUCAAGUGGGAGAAUUUGGAUUAUGGUACAAGUUAGUUGGAAUGAAGGAAGAUAGUGUAUGUUUAUUUUGGACGUUAGGGAAUUUGGGCAGUCCAAAAUCAGUGCUGGUUCAGGUACUGCUGUAGUUUCCAAGGUACAAAAUUCUGUGUUAAGUGUUAAAGGAAAAACAAUAUGAGCAGAUAUGUCCAGAAAAGUAAAGAAGAAGCAAGCAAAGGGUUGGCUGGUGAGUUGCUUUUCACGGAUCUUUCCUCUUUCUUCCUACCAGAAUGAAAAUGUAGAUCCAAGGGGACAGGACAUUUUAUCCUAAAGUUGCAUAUUUCUGGAUUGUUCAUCUUUGGAUUUGGCCCUCUUUUAGCCUCCCUUGUGUUGGGAAGGAUAGAUAAUAUUUUUUUUUUCUUCUUAAAUCAUAGAAACAUCUGGUUCUUGAAAAUUCUAUAAUAAAUAGGACAUUCACAGGGUGAGAUUAGAGGGAAAGGACUAUGCAGAAGAUUGGAGGUGGCAGUCUUGGGAAAGCCGGAAUCCUCUGAGAGAGAAGGGUAAAUGCAUACUAUCUUACCGGCCUUGGAAGCUAAAUUAAGGCUUUUUUAUUAUUUAUUUUUUGGUUUUCAUUUCUUUGAGAUUCAUGUUACUGAAUUCUAGAAAGUAAUACUGACUAUGGAUUGAUUUAUCAUCACUGUAAAGUUGAUCACUAGAAUCAAUUACCCACCACCCCCGGCCAUAUUAUAUUAAUGUGAUAGUGAAAUAUUUAUUUGUUCAAGUAUAUUUGCAAUAACAGAUGCUUAAUCUUCAGUUCUUUUUCAGUUUGAGCUUGUUUAUCUUCCUCUUCUGAGGUGACUUGGGUGUCCAUUUGAUGACACACUUCACAUGUAAUCCAUUUUCUUGGAUAUGCUCAGUGAACUUUUAUUUUUCUAUCGAUUUGAACUGCUGGUUCAGGUAAGAAUGAAAAUACCAAUGAUAUUUUUUAUAUUUUCAUUAAAAAUUCGGAGUAACGAACUUUUAUCAUUAGGGUAGAGCGAGGUGUGUAAGCAGCCAAAUAUGAAAUUGCUGCAGGGUCAGACUCAAAUGGACAUGGCCUUAUAAUGGGUCUGACCUCGUGGAGGUCUUGACGGGACUGCAUUCAACUCCUGGUGGAAGGUCUGUGGGUGAUCCAAAUAGCCAAAUAGGAACAUCACUCGGAUGUUCUUUCUCCCCCUCGCUAGAAAACAAAUACAAAUAGUCAGUCUCACUGACGUUUUGAAUGAUGCAGUUGAAAGGGAGCGGACGGAAAGUAUUGCUGGGUCAGAUUUUUCUGUAGUCUCCAAGGUACAAAAUUACAAAUCGUGUGUUCAGGGAAAACCGAUAUGCCCAGUCGAGUAAAAAAGUAAAAAAAGAAGAAUCAAGCAAAGACCAAAGAGUUGGUCACCUUUGAGGAAUCUUUCCUCUUUCUUCCUAUCCGAGGGGGCAGUAAGCAGUCUGCAGUGGCACACAUUUGAUCAUUGGGUGCCCAUUUUAUGGCAUUUCAAGCAAUCAAAUUAGGAUAUGUUGACCUUUGGCCUUUGGGUCACAUUCUGUAGGACAGCGUCAAUCUGGUGGAUAAGGUGUGAUGGUUUAUCAUUAAUUAUUUAAAUUACAAGUCUUACUAGUUUGUUUGGUAGUUCAA